AUGGCUUCCCCGCGGCCAAUAAUUCUACGAUUUGAGAGCCGGAACGGCCAGUUUCGAUUGACGGUUAGCCCGACGGAACAAUUUACUGCUCUACUGCCAAAGAUACUUGAGAAUCUACCUAAAGAUACUGAUCCAACUUCAGUUUCUCUUUCAAACAAACCAAUAGGCACUGGCGGUCAGGAGAGGAAUCUUACAACGCUAAAGGGAGUUUCCAUACAGAGGGUUGGACUAUCGCAUGGUGACAAGCUGUUCGUUGGUUAUGAGGAGCAAAAAUCCACAGCAAAUGGCUCCUUAAAUGGACAGGCGGGGGCUAUAAAAAAGCAAGAGUCAUCGCACCGCUUAGAUGGCGGCGUCGUACCCAAACGAGAUGAUACUCCAUCGACGAAACGACCAACCUCUCCUACAGCCAUAAUAAAGAAUCCCUGGGAAAUCGUAAGACAAUCGGAUUUGGAUAACCGAUUAGACACCAAAGAUGGGAAAAUCCCGCGCUCGUUUGACCAAAAGAUGUGUCGACACGGUCCCAAGGGAAUGUGUGAUUACUGCAUGCCGCUGGAGCCGUAUGCCCCCGAAUACCUGGCUGAAAAGAAGAUAAAACACCUUUCAUUCAACUCCUAUCUUCGAAAAAUCAACUCAUUUACCAACAAACCAGAACUAAAGAGCUCCUACAUGCCACCUCUAUCAGAACCUUUUUAUAGAGUGAGGAAGGAUUGUCCGUCCGGACAUCCAGCUUGGCCUGAAGGUAUAUGUACCAAAUGCCAGCCAAGUGCCAUCACCUUACAGCCGCAACAGUUCCGAAUGAUCGAUCACGUUGAGUUUUCCUCCCCCGAUCUUAUCAAUUCGUUACUGGACUUCUGGCGCAAGACCGGCUCCCAGAGGAUUGGGUUCCUUUACGGAACAUACGAAGAAUACACAGAGGUACCACUUGGUAUAAAAGCCGUGGUACAGGCUAUAUACGAACCACCGCAAGUGGACGAAGUGGACGGGGUAACACUUCAUGAAUGGGAGAACGAGAAGGAUGUUGACCAUGUGGCCAAACUUUGCGGAAUGCAAAAGAUAGGUGUAAUAUUCACCGAUCUUAUCGAUGCUGGUGCCGGGGAUGGAACCGUCAUCUGCAAACGACAUAUUGAUUCUUACUACCUUUCUUCGCUAGAGGUUGUCUUUGCAUCCCAGUUUCAAGCGCGGAACCCAAAACCUUGCAAAUGGAGUGAAACUGGCCAGUUUGGCUCAAAUUUCGUGACAUGCGUCUUGAGUGGAGAUGAGAACGGUGCCAUCUCCGUUUGCGCUUACCAGGCUUCCAAUUCCGCUGUUGAAAUGGUGAGGGCAGACAUCAUCGAGCCAUCUGCUGACCCAUCGGUGAUGCUGGUUCAGCAAGAGGAUGAGCUUAACGACGCAAACAUCACACGAUAUAUCCCAGAGGUCUUCUAUAGGAGGAUUAACGAAUACAAAGUCAGCGUUCAGGAGAACGCCAAACCGAGCUUCCCUGUUGAAUAUCUCUUUGUCACUCUCACGCACGGAUUCCCAACUACGCCUACUACUGUCUUCACGGAUUCGUCUUUCCCGAUUGAAAACCGAGAGAUCAUUGGCGAAAGCCAAGAUUUAAGACGUGUUGCGACUAAAUUGACCGGCAGCAAUAAUCCCGACGUAGCCAUAAAAGCCGUCUCCAACUUCCAUCUUCUCACCUUCUUGCAUGGAAUGGGUAUCCUCAGUCAGGAUGAGGAAACCCUCCUUUGCACGGUGGCUACGAAACAUGACCCCGCCGAUGGUAUACAAUUGAUUAAUACAGCUGGCUGGGCCACGCUCGUGACAAUACUUCAGGAGAGCGGUGAGACGCCCCCAAAACGAUCAUGGCCCUUUACGCGUCAAUUCCCAACUUCAUCCUCACCUCAUACCUCUUCUCACAAUUCCAACUUGGAUGGUGAACAACUUGCUAAAAGGUUCCGAGGGGCUAGCCUAGAAUGA